UCCCCCGUCAUUUCUAUUUGAUCUUCUUUGUUCUUCCUCCGCCCUCUUCUUCAUCUUCUCUCCUCUCCAUCAUCAGAAUUAGCCUGUCUUCCUCGAGGCCUCGAGACCGUACUCUUUUCGUUCAUAGCAGAACGAGCAAUGGAUUUGGGCAGGAGUGCGUCCACUUAUCGUGAAGCCGAGGAUCUCUUCAAAGACUUCAGAGGCAGAAGAGCCGGCAUGAUCAAGGCUCUUACGACUGAUUUUACCAAGUUCUACCAGCAGUGCGAUCCGGAGAAAGACAACUUAUGUCUAUAUGAAUUUGCUGAUGAGACCUGGGAAGUAAGGGAACGCCCUGAGAAAGUUCUCACAGAAUUUCCUGAACUGGUCAUAGGAAUUAACCUUGCCAGAGAUGUGACGGAAGAAAAGCGGUGGCUCGCAGAUGUUGCAUGCCACAGUGAUGCAUGGUUGCUCUCUUUUUCCUUGUACUGGAGCCUGCGCUUCGGCUUCGACAAGGAAACUAGGAGGCAGCUCUUCGUGAUGAUAAAUACUCUUCCUACUAUUAGCGAGGUUUUUCUUGGAGCUGCCAAUAACGGAGAGAAAGAAACAAUCCCGAGUAACAGCAGCAAAGAUGGGCCGAGUUCAGAGAAGACUUGGCAGCAUUCCAGACGGGGGCGUCAAAUAAAGGACGACGAAGACGAUGACGAGGACGAACACGAAGACGAAGACGAUGACGAUGAUGAUGACGAUGACGAUGCCGAGGACGACGGCACAUGUGGUGCAUGUUCGAAGACGCAUCGUCAGGGUGAGUUCUGGAUAUGCUGCGACGCGUGUAAGAAGUGGUACCAUGCCGAGUGCGUCAGAAUAACACCUUCCCAGGCUGAACAAAUCAAGCAGUACAAGUGCCCAAGAUGCUGCCGUAGGAAGACUCCAAGCGCCUGA